CUCUACUUCUUAAUACACACACAGUUCAAAAAUGAUUUGUUCAAAAUUAGCAACUUUUAUUUCGUUUAUUGUUUAUUUAGAAUACUCAAAUUGUUGCCAAUUAACUUUAGGUGUCCUUGAUGUGAAUACAGAUGUCUGCGUUGAGACACCUCUUAAUAUACCAGUGAUUACAACUUACGGGAACAAGACGUACUAUUUUGAAAUUAAUAAUCAGAUGAACUGGCAUAAUGCUUAUUUAGCAUGCAAGCAAUACAAUAUGGAAUUGAUAAGUAUUGAUUCGGAUGCAGAAUUCGAUUAUAUACGCGAAUUCAUCAACACUCUUACUGCUACUAAUAAAGUAAGCGUCUGGACUUCUGGCAAUGAUGUGGGAACUGAAGGAGUAUUUAAGUGGAUGAGCAAUGGUCGCAGAGUAUUUUCCAAUCGUUGGCACAAUGGGCAACCCGAUAAUGCAGGUUCUAAUGAAGAUUGUAUCCAUUUCUGGUAUAUUGGAAAUGUAUAUUUACUCAACGAUUUAAACUGCGAAAGUAAUAUGGCAUUUAUUUGUCAGAGUAUUAAGAAAUCUUGUUGCAGCGGUCAGCAGAGCAGUUAAUAGUAGUUCCUAUCAUCUAAAACAUGUUUAUAACUAUAA